AAUCAGAAAUGUGAGGGAGCUAAAGUAAAAAUACGAAGAAGUCAGCCAUUAUAAUAGAUUGAGCUUUAGCUAAACAAGAUAUGGAGCUUGACGACACCGGCGACCAUGAUGACAAAGCCCAUGACGGAGCAAAGACACGGAAUGGAAACGUCAUGAACUUCAGACGGGUUAUGCAGCAAUCGACAGAGAUGAGAUGAGAAUUGGAGGUCAUGGAGAAAUAAGAGACAUGGUGGCCAGCUGAGCACUGUGAGUUGAAGACAACGACGGAAAGCUUUCAAGGAUCACCGGAAUUGCGAUUUGAAAAAAAUUCGAUCUUGGAUAGCUCAAUUGAAGAUUUCUAGUGUGUUAAAUAAAAUAAAAAUCUUUUGAUAAAACGUGCGUUCAAAAAAAAUUAUGGUUAAGAAUUUAAUAAGAUGGACUUUUUUGUCAAUGGCACAAUAUUAUAGUUAUCUAGAAAAAGUUUGGAGUAGGUAAAUACAAAAUGUAAAGGAUGGAGCGUACGACGUCGUACGCUCCAGUCUCAGCUCCAACCCUUCCUCCUUUUUUUCUCAUCAAUCAUUCGUAAGAGAAUUGGGAUCGCUUCUUAGGGUUUUCAACAAGCAAACUCGCCCCCAAUCUGAGUAAUUGUAGACACAUCAAUCAUGUCUGGUGGAACUCCGCGUGGUGGUGGUGGCUACAUUAGGCAAAGGCAUAGCCAAGGGUAUGCUUCUGGUGGCGAUGAUCUUGAGGACGAUGCUUGCUCCAGGCACCAACCUUUCUCCCUCGAGAGUCCUAGCUGUAAGACUUGGGUCGAGGUUCUGGAGAAUGUGCUUUGGAUUGCGUCUGCUGUGUUCAUCGUCUAUUUCGGAGACAUGCACUCCAAUAUGAUUUACAUCCUCUUACACGAUGCACGGAUCAAAAGGAUGCCUUUGUAUAUGGGGAUGGUGGGAAUAGCUGUGAACGUUAUGAUCAUAAUCUACGAAAGCAUGUUGUCGUGGAGCAUGAGAAGGUUCGAUGAGAAAUGGGAACUUUGGAGUAUCUCCGCUCUGCCUUUCAUCACCCUACUUGGCAUCAUUUCAUUCUGCCUGCUAUCCUUUGCUCUGUGGCCUAUAUGGGGAUUUUUGACUCUCCCUCUCCUGUUUACAUUGUUCAUGGCAUGCCUAGUUGUGUUCCCACAUCUGACGAUCAUCAAACUCAGGCCUCAAAACGAAGAACUUCGCAUAGAUUGAGAGAAGAAUGGAGUUAGUAACUGAGAGAGUGAUUGGAUGGAUGGAUACCAUUACCCUUUUAUUUCUUUCUUUCUUUCUUGUUGAGAAGUGAAUAAGUGUGAAAAGGGGAGAGGGAUGUGGUUUGGUUUGAGAUGUAUAGAUAGAUAUAUUAGAUGAACUCAUUGAUGAUCUAAUAGAGAGAGAGUGAUCUUUUUUUUUCUUUUCUUUAAUGUUUUCUAAGUCUCUUGAGAGGUAUAUUAUUGGUUCCUGUCUUGUUUCAUUUCCAAGUGCAGCGAAUUAGAAAAAAAAUGCUCUCAUUCGGCUC